AGUCGUGUCUUAAGUCGAGGCGAAGGUCGUGAGGUAGUGUUGUCGGUGCCGCCGAGCCCAGAGGUCGCCCAAACCUGGCUGCCAGCCCUCCGUCACGUGGCCGUCGUCCUCACAUUACAGUGUUAUUUUUCCCCCUCGACAAACAGCAAGUACAAUAUUGUACAUCUGUGAUUCGUCAAAAUAGUGUUCAGUACAUCACGUUAAAAUUCAUACAGUCUCAAGGGGAGAUAAACCUAAGUUCUUGCUUCCGGGGAUUUGUGGAGGAAGAGACGGGAAGCCAUGGGUGGAGCAGGAGGCUUCAACACAGCGCUAACACGGCCCUGGGGACCAGCGGCCCUCCUGCUGCUGGCUGCUGCCUCAACCUCUGCAGAAGGCCAGACGGUGCCCCUCGCCAACGCCUCCCUCACCAUCCUGCCUCACGAGGUGGACCUGCAGGUGGGCGACCACUUCACCCUCAACCUCACCCUCAGCGGGGAGUUCGAGGGCUGCGUCAACGUGAGUUUCCAGCAGACGAAGGAGGUGGUGGACCUCCCGCCGCCACUGCUGCUGUGUGACGGCUCCCAGGGUGACUGGUGGGACGUCGUGAUCAACACCACCUAUAACGGCAAGGCCACUCUCACCGCUCAAGUCGACCCUCCUGGGGUAGUUGAGUCAAGAGAUGCGUUCGCCCUGGUGUCAGUAAUGACCAACCCGAGUAUCGACGUGGCGGCUGACGUGCUGGGCUGGCUGUACACCAUCGCCUGGGACGUCUCCUUCCUCCCGCAGAUCUACCGCAACUGGCACAGGAAGAGUGUGAUGGGCCUCAGUUUUGACUUCCUCACCCUCAACUUUAUCGGGUUCUCCUCUUACUUCAUCUUCAACAUGGGACUCUUUUGGAUCGACGAAAUUCAGGCUGAGUACUUCCUGCGUCACCCCAGAAGUGUACUGCACGUGAGGUUGAAUGACGUGAUCUUCCCCCUGUACGCCGUGUUGUGUACAGCUGUACAGAUUAUACAGUGCUUCUUCCUGCAGAGAGGUCCGGGUCAGCGGGUGUCGAUCACGUGUAGGGUCAUCGCCUCUGUGAUGGUGGUGAGCGAGGUGGUAGGCUGCAUCCUGGUGCCUCUAGUCGACUCCAUACUGUGGCUCGACCUCUUGUAUUAUCUCUCCUACAUCAAGCUUGCAGUCACCUGUAUCAAAUACUUCCCCCAGCUGUGGGAAAAUUACCGCCAACAGAACACGGAGGGAUGGAGCAUCUGGCAAGUGAUCCUUGACUUCACUGGAGGAUCACUCAGCCUUCUGCAGAUGUUCCUGCUGGCUGGCAACUACGAUGACUGGUUCUCUGUACUGACGGAUCCAGCCAAGCUAGGAUUGGGGCUCGUCUCUGUUCUCUUCGACAUAAUGUUCUUUAUACAGCACUACUGCCUCUACAGGCAUCCCGGCGUGAAGGCGAACACAGCCUCGUCCCUCCAGCUGGUGGGGAAUGAUGAUAUGUCGCAGAGUGGCAGUUAUGUCACCCACCACCUGUAGACCUCCACAACCACCUGUAGACUACCACAACCACCUGUAGAGUACCACAACCACCUGUAGACUACCACAACCACCUGUAGACUACCACAACCACCUGUAGACUACCA